AAAUGUAGGCUCCUGUGGUGGCACCAUCAGUCGCAAGUGAGCCGGCGUGGUAGCAAGAUCUAAAAUUCCAAAAAAUAUAUUUCGAAGGCCUUAGAACUUUGGAUUCCAAUUAAAAUGGCUACCUUCAAGUACAGCGGACCAUCUCCUUACAAACUAGCUCAGACUUACCCCGAGGAGGACUACUUGCAUACCGAAUACGUGAACAACUUUACUUUAAACCAUGCGUCUAAGCGUCCGUUUAAGCCUCUGGUCGGUGCUAUCUUCGGGCUUGGUCGCGCCGGCUCCAUUCACUUGUCGAACAUUAUUAACAACAACCGUGUCACCCUAAAGUACAUCGUUGACGACCGUCCUGAGAGGUUCGCAGACCUAAAGAAGUACUGGAACUUGAGCGACAAGGUCGUUCUGAUCCCCUCUAAAGAGGCCAACCGCGUCUACACUGACAAAGAAGUCAACGUGGUGUUCAUCGGCUCCCCAACCUGGACUCACCACGAUAUUGUCGUCAACUCCAUUGCUAACAACAAGGAUGUCUUCUGUGAGAAGCCCAUUGCUGAGAACAUUGAAGAAACAAAGAAAUGCUACGAAGCUGCUAAAUCCAAAAACCGCGUCCUCUUCUCGGCCUUCAACCGCCGAUUCGAUCCCUCCUACAGGGCUCUUAAGGACAGGGUUAGAAAAGGAGAGAUCGGACAUGUGCAGAUUCUUAAAGUAACCUCAAGGGACUCCCCGCUACCUUCCAUUGACUACCUCAAGACUUCAGGUGGUGUGUUCCAUGACUGUUUAGUGCAUGACUUCGACAUGGCCUGCUGGGUGUUGGGAGAGCUUCCGAUCCGCGUCCAAGCCAGCGCUACUGCUCUGAUCCCGGAAAUUAAAGCUAUCGAUGACUUCGACACUAUUGGCUUUAUGCUAACUUACCCAUCAGGCACCAUCGUUCUCGGUGAUAACAGCCGUUUCUCACCGAACGGUUACGACCAAAGAUUAGAAGUUUUUGGAAACAAAGGAAUGAUCAAGGUGGAAAAUGAGAGACCGUUCCACUCAACCGACAUUUUGAUCGGCCAGGAAGGCGUCAACCAUUCCCCCAUCUUCUACUCAUUCCCAUCUCGUUACAAGCUCGGCUACCGCAACGAAUUGGAACACUUCUUGGAUGUAGUUAUUAGUGGCUGCCCAAUGGAUGUGACCGAUUACCAGACUCUCGCUAUUAGCAAGAUCGCGACUGCGGCUGAGAAGAGUGCCCGUACCGGUCAAUCUGUGGAACUUGACUGGAGCCGUGAUGGAAUCCCCACCAACUAUUCUUAGACUGUGUUUCAUACAUAUCGCAAAAAUGUUUUAUGUAAUGAGAUUUAUAUAUUUGUUGUGUUGUUUUAAAUGAAAAUAAACCUUUUUAA